AUGGCAAGCCUCGAUGAGUUCGUUGAAAAGGGUCAGCUGGAGUGCCUCAACGAAGACAAGGCCAACCCGGUUCUGAAUGUCCUUGACCCGAGUCCGGACACGGCUCUCAGCUCGGACGAAAACGUGGACCACCAGCUGCUGCUCAAGGUGCAGUUCCGAGUGCCUGUCAAGCUCCAGAGCGUGCGCAUCCUGGGCUCCUCUGAGGAUGGCACCGCCCCGCAGACAGUCAAGCUUUUCCUGGACAAGGUGAACAUGGGUUUUGAUGAUGCCGACGAGGAGCCCGUGCAGGAGCUCCAGCUCGGUCCCGAGAAUGUCGACGGCGGUGAGGUGUGUCAGCUGCGUUUCGUCAAAUUCCAAAAUGUGUCGAGCUUGCAGAUUUUCUUUCAGGAGAACUUCGGCGCCCCCGUGACGAGGAUUUUUUGGGGGAUGGGAGAAGAUGAGAGACACAAAAGACUCCAGCAGAGCUUUGAGCAGAGCACAUGCAGAAGGGGCAUCUUGAGAGACUUGAACUUUUCAAAGAGACAAGUCUCAGCUCUAACUCAUAACUCUCCUCUGCUCUCAGGGUGA